UAGCAGCACUGUCAAUUGUCGAAAUGGACUGGCAACUCUGUCGCCGUAACAUAAGAGUUCAUUUUGGAUUGUAAAAAAAAGUGCAAAAAAACUAAAUUUUACGCAUAAAUAAUUAGUACCUAGUGUAAUUAAGAAGCGCUUAAGCAAACAAUCCACAUCCUCCCACACCCACACACCAGCAGAGAUGUCGCUCAAGCCAAAAAUAGUGGAAUUUGUUGAUGUCUGGCCGCGCUUGCGUUGCAUUGCCGAAUCGGUGAUAACAUUGAGCAAAGUUGAACGCGCCGUCUGGAACACGAGCUUUAGCGAUGUUUAUACGCUGUGCGUGGCGCAGCCGGAACCAAUGGCCGAUCGGCUAUAUAGCGAGACAAAGCAAUUCCUUGAAUCUCACGUCAAGGAGAUGCUGGCCAAUAAAGUUCUGGCCAAUCAUGAUACAGCCAAUGCCAAUAACACGAACAGCAGGCCAGAUUUGUUGCAACGAUAUUAUACCACCUGGAUGGAGUAUAGCCAGGGCAUAAAGUAUCUUCACCAACUUUACAUCUACUUAAACCAGCAGCACAUCAAGAAACAAAAAAUCACCGAUACGGAAUCAUUUUAUGGCAAUCUGUCUAGCGAUGCCGCCGAGCAAAUGGAAAUCGGAGAGCUGGGCUUGGAUAUUUGGCGUUUGUACAUGGUGGAGUAUUUGGCCCAGGACCUGGUGCGUCACAUAUUGGAGGGCAUAGCUGCAGAUCGGGCGAGCAAUGGCACCCUAGAUUCGCAUCGCGUCCAGGUUAUCAAUGGCGUUAUACACAGCUUUGUGGAGGUGCAGGAUUAUAAAAAGACCGGCUCGUUAAAGCUAUAUCAGGAGCUCUUUGAGGGGCCAAUGCUAGAGGCAAGCGGCACAUACUAUACAAACGAGGCCAACAAGCUGCUGCAACGCUGCAGCGUGUCCCAGUACAUGCAGGAGGUUAUAAAGAUUCUGGAGUAUGAGAGCAAGCGAGCGCAAAAGUUUCUCCAUGUGAGCUCAUUGCCAAAGCUGCGCAAACAAUGCGAGGAGAAGUUUAUCAACGAUCGUUUGGGCUUCAUAUAUUCAGAGUGCCGCGAUAUGGUAUCGGAUGAGCGGCGGCAGGAUUUGCGGAAUAUGUACAUCGUGCUAAAGCCCAUACCCGAUAAUCUAAAGGCUGAACUGAUACAAACCUUUCUCGAGCACAUUAAAAACGAGGGCCUCGAAACGGUCUAUGCGCUUAAGGGCGAGAAUAUACACAUUGCUUUUGUCGAGAAUAUGCUGAAGGUGCAUCACAAGUAUCAAGAGUUAAUUGCCGAUGUCUUCGAAAACGAUUCGCUGUUCCUCAGCGCGCUGGACAAGGCCUGCGCCAGCGUCAUCAAUCGACGACCCAGCGAACGACAGCCGUGUCGCAGCGCUGAAUACGUGGCCAAAUACUGUGAUACUCUGUUAAAAAAAUCGAAAACCUGCGAAGCGGAAAUCGAUCAGAAACUCACAAAUAACAUAACCAUAUUCAAAUACAUUGAGGACAAGGAUGUGUAUCAAAAGUUCUACAGUAGAUUGUUAGCUAAGCGUCUUAUACACGAACAAAGCCAGAGCAUGGAUGCCGAGGAGGGUAUGAUCAAUCGUCUAAAGCAAGCCUGUGGCUAUGAGUUCACCAACAAAUUGCACCGCAUGUUCACAGAUAUUUCAGUCUCCACAGAUUUGAACAAUAAGUUCAAUAAUCAUUUAAAGGACAACGACAUUGAUCUGGGCAUAAACCUGUCGAUUAAAGUGCUGCAGGCGGGCGCUUGGCCCUUGGGCUCGACACAGGUUAUUCCAUUUGCAGUGCCCCAGGAAUUCGAAAAGUCUAUCAAAAUGUUUGAGGACUAUUAUCACAAUUUAUUUAGCGGCCGUAAACUUACUUGGCUGCAUCACAUGUGCCAUGGCGAAUUGAAGCUGAGUCACCUAAAGAAAUCGUACAUUGUGACCAUGCAGACAUACCAAAUGGCGAUAAUCUUGCUCUUCGAGACCUGCGACACUCUCAGCUGUCGUGAGAUACAGAACACGCUGCAAUUAAAUGAUGAAACGUAUCAGAAGCAUAUGCAGCCGAUGAUUGAGUCCAAAUUGCUGAAUGCCAGCUCAGAGAAUCUCUCGGGUGAUACGCGCAUCGAAUUGAAUUUCGAUUAUACAAAUAAGCGUACGAAAUUUAAGAUAAGCUCGGCGUUACAAAAAGAAACGCCACAAGAGGUGGAGCACACGAUCAACUCGGUGGAUGAGGAUCGAAAACUGUUUCUGCAGGCUGCCAUUGUGCGAAUUAUGAAGGCGCGCAAAGUGUUAAAGCACAAUGCGCUGAUACAAGAGGUACUAUCCUUAUCGAAAGUUAGCUUUACGCCCAAUAUCGCAAUGAUCAAAAAGUGCGUAGAAUCGUUAAUUGACAAACAAUAUAUUGAGCGUACGGCUAACUCUGGUGACGAGUAUAGCUAUAUGGCUUAGACUGCGAACUCGGCUCGGACAGCUACUAGAGAUUAUUACAAAAAGAAAAAAGCAAAGCAUAAACAAAAGAACCUUCACUAAUUGAAUUCACAAUGCAAAAACCCAUACACACACUAUUAAUUGUAAUACCUUGUAAUACAUUGUACCAAGGCAUAUUUUGUUAAACAUUUUAAAAAUUCAUGACACGCAUUACAACAACCAAAACUAUGAUAUCUCUUCUGAUAAACAAUAACUGAAACCUUAUUUGAUAGUAUGUCAAAAGUAAUUCUGAAUUGAAGUCCUUGAGGUAAUGCAAUCAA